AUGUUCCCUAAAAGGCAACAGACCGAUGCCGAGGAAACAACGAGGAAGUCACAGCCACUAUCAGUUCUUAGGUCAUGGUCAUGGCUUCCAAAUUAUUCAAAAGUACCCAGGAAAGAGGUGCAACAAAUAACGACCGAUCCCGAUCCUGUUCGAAGGUGGAUAAAAGGUGUUGUGAUUUGUUCAUGGAUCAUUGGUGGAGUCCUCGCCUUGAACAUCAUCCUCACCAUCAUCGCUGCUAGUCUAGCGUAUUCAGGGAAUAGCGGGCAGAUUUUCUCCUUUGCUUCACUCUAUAUGGGGAAGUGUUCGACUUCCAAGAAUUGGACAACGGGCUUGCACCUCCUGAUCAACAUCCUCAGUACUACCCUUCUAGGAGCGAGCAACUACUGCAUGCAGUGCCUUGCAGCCCCUUCGCGAGAGCAGGUGGAUAAAGCCCACAGUCAAAAGACAUGGGUUCGAAUCGGCGUCCCGAAUAUUAUAGACCUUAUUCGCUAUCAAACAGGCAAGCGACGCUUUCUAGGAUCGAUCCUACUGAUCACCUCAUUGCCUAUCCAUUUAAUUUACAAUUCAGCCGUCUACUUCUCCAUUGGGCCAACAGAAUAUUCAGUCGUUGCAGCACAUGAGGAGCUUAUUCAGGAACAUGGCAACUCCACGGAAUUUGAGCAAUGCUUCACAGCAAAUGUCGGAAUGGAAUUGCCAUCAUUCAAUACAGCGAUCCAUGACGGGAGUUUCAACACUCUCUCCAAGCAAGAAUGUGUUGAUAUAUUUGCUCAAGACUAUACAUCCGGGUAUGGAACGGUUGUUCUGGUGACCAAAGACUCGAUGCCUCAAAACGAGUCCGUGGCCUGGAUAGGAACUGGAAAUAGACAAAACUUUGAGGGUGGCAAUUCUCAGUUCAGCUGGCUGUGUGACGAAGAAUAUCCCUGUACAAAAAGUAUAGCCGAGGAAAACACCCAGAACUGGACCGUUCACGCAAUAACGUGGUCGCGUCCCACCAUUCACCUGUCAGUGCCUAUCCCAGGCGGACUUUAUGAGAGCGGAGGAUGGUUGGAUGUUGGACAUUACGGCGUUCCCGAAACCGAGGAUUACAACCAUCUCGAUGAUAUUCUCGAUAAAUACCCUACCUUGGAGGACUUGCAAGCUGAGCUAGACAAUCCUUCCGGCUGGGUUAACAGUUCAUUUCCAGGCAGCGUCACAGUACGCAAAGGUGAACCCGACUGCACAUACCCAGGAGUCUACGUCAAACUCAUCUGCGCGCUGUUAGCGGCACGCGAGAACAGAAAAGAUAUUUUCCUCACCACUGGAGACGCGAUUGCAUCCUUCCUUGCCAAACCGGACCCAGCCACCGAGGGAGCAUGUCUACUGUCCGGGUCUUUAAUCAAGAAGAGCACACAAGGAUGGCAGAAAUACAAGGGCCGUGAACGCAAGUCUUUGGAUCUUCUGGAAACCAAACAAGAGACUCCGCUUCGUUUACCUCCAAGGAAACGAUGGUUUCAAGCUGCGAGCAUAUCACGCUGGGUGUAUACGAUCCUCCUAUUUGUGUGCAUGCUGAUCCCAUCCGUCAUUGUUCUUCGCCUAGGAAUUCUCAAUUACAACAAAGCCUCCAAAUCAAAGAACCUAUGGGACUCUGGCCUGGGAGACGCAAGCACAGGGACUACCUUAGCCGGCCUUAGCAUUCCCGCUACCGCAAGUGGGAUAUUUUCUAUGAUUUUCAUGGCCAACAUACCUCAGAUACUAGUUUCACUAGCUUACUUCUUCUACAACGGCCUGCUGACCUGCAUGCUCGGCGCCGUCGAGUACGACAACUACGCCACGGAGCAAAAGCCUCUCCGCGUAUCCUGGCCCCGCGGCGGCCAGCGUUCAACAUACUACCUCAGUCUUCCGUACCGAUACAGUGUCCCGCUACUGGUCGUCUCCGCUGUUCUACACUGGCUCGUAUCCCAGAGUUUUUUCUUCGUCCAGGUGAUCCCAUUCGAUCGGCACGGAGUACCCCAAAAAAGCUACCCCGAUGUACUCGUUACUUGUGGCUACUCGCCUGUUGCCAUCAUUUUCGGAAUCAUUGUUGGUGGCUUCCUACCCAUCGUCGCUGUACUUCUAGGCUUGCGUCGUUUCAGAUCACAUAUGCCGCUAGCUGGUCAGUGUAGUGCGGCAAUCAGCGCUGCGUGUCAUCCCAUGACUACGGCAGUCGAUCAUGCAUUGAAACCGGUGCAAUGGGGCGAAGUUCCAGAUAGAGUCUUGUCACAUGGCAUUUUUUCAAACACAAUAACGACAGAUGUUGAAUGUGACGCUCGACACAGUGUUGGAAAUGAUGAGCAACGGCUAUCUUUGGCUACGGAGCUGGAUCUCAAUGAUUCUCGGGCAGUUGGUUUCUUGCAUUGCUCAUUUACCUCGGAGGAUGUUACACUGGAUGAAAACUCCAUAAUGGCUGACAACAACACCGCCUCAUGCCCUUUUUGUCCCUUCACGGACUCCGAUGCUAAUUUUGUGUCCCAACACAUCGAAUUCUGCCACCCAGACACCGGGGCAACGGGUUUCCUGCAAGAAAACCCGCAAGAAUUUGCUGCCCAAAACUCGGCUCCACUACCAGUGGACGAGGAUGGCACAGACAAAUAUGUCGACUGUCCACAUGGAUGCGGUGAGACAAUAGAAAGUGCCGAGCUCUCGAGCCACCUGGAUCUCCAUGUUGCAGAGGACAUGGCGCUGGAUGAUAUCGGUGUCACAUCAGCACGCUCAACUCCAGACGUACAUGACCACGUGUAUGAUGAGCCCUUUGAUGAUGAAGAUUCCCUCGACAUGCUCGACUCUCACAAAGGAGGCAAGCGUGGUAUGCAGCGCGACUCCUCGCGAGUAAAUACUGCCAAGCCACCACGGCCUCACAGCCCCCCAAGGACGACCAAUGCCGAUGGCACGAAGAGAUUAGGGCGCUCGGAAUUGGGCCCCCAUGCCCAUGAGAAGAAAAUGCCUUCAUGGCUAAAGAAAAUGCUAGAAAAGGGCGGCAGCAUAUCAAAGCAAACCCAAAUCACAUCGGACGGCAAAUUCACACGACGCGACACAGUAGAAAAUGAGACCGACCAUUUGAUUCCAGUUCUUGCUCGGUUAUGUGAACAGGACAAAUCCGUCCAACGGGCAUUCUUCUGUAGCCCCAAAGUCCGCCAUAUCUGCAAGAUGCGUCGGGAAGGCGGAUUUUGUGGCUAUCGCAAUAUCCAAAUGAUGGUUUCUUGGCUGAAAAAGUCUCGUGGCUUUGGCCAUGAGCACUUCCCAAAUAAGGGGCCCACGAUCCUUGAACUGCAGGAUAUGAUUGAAUCGGCCUGGGAUAUGGGAUUCAAUAGUUCUGGAAGAGCUGAGACAGGCGGUAUCAAAGACACGCGCAAGUUUAUUGGAACGCCUGAAGCACAAGCACUUUUCAUGAGCCUAGGAAUCCCAUGUGAAGCCAGGAGUCUGUCAGAGAGGAGCGAUUUACGGGCCUGUGAUGCCCUUUACAUUGAUGUCGCCGACUAUUUCCGGUCAGCAUGUUCACCAGAAGACGAGACAAAGAUCGUUCAGACCGACCUCCCUCCGAUAUACUUCCAGCAUCAAGGUCAUUCUAUGACAAUUAUCGGAUUUGAAAUACGAGACAACGGCAGCGCAAAUCUGCUGGUAUUCGAUCCCAUGUUCAAGACUUCCCCUGCAAUGGAGCGUCUGAUCGGGGCAUUUGUCAAGCCCUCGGAUCCCACUCGUCUUCUCAAAGCAUAUCGCAGGGGAACGCCUUAUCUGCAAAAGUACAAGAUAUUCGAGCUUCUCAAGUUAUGUAUAACCAGCCCGAAACAUGAAGCUACAUAG